CUUAAAUUCAGGAGAAGCCUUUUCAGGGCAAACGAAGCGAGCCUUGUGUUAUGUUAGACAUUGUGUGCUGCUAGUUUGCUUAUAAACAGAAAAGCUUUGAUUCUAGCUUAAUCUUUUCGCAAGGCUAAGCAGCAUUUCACUAUGAAGUUCGUGAGGUUUAUUAUGCAGAAUUCGGCCUUGGCCAGCGUGCCCAAGCACAUCGAGCACUUCUCGAAAUUUUCACCAUCUCCUCUGUCUAUGAAGCAAUUCCUAGAUUUCGGUUCAACAAAUGCAUGUGAAAAGACUUCCUUCGUCUUCUUGAGGCAAGAGCUCCCAGUGCGUCUGUCCAACAUCAUGAAAGAAAUCAACUUACUCCCAGACAGAUUGCUUACUACUCCAUCAGUUCAGAUGGUGCAUGGCUGGUAUGCUCAGAGUUUGAUGGAGAUCCUUGAGUUCUUGGAUAAAAGUCCCACUGACCACAGAGUUCUGGGAGACUUUGUGGAAACCCUGGUGAAUAUUAGAAAUAGACAUAAUGAUGUUGUUCCUACAAUGGCGCAAGGUGUGAUUGAGUACAAAGAAGCUUUUGGUCAAGAUCCACUCACUAAUCAGAACAUCCAGUACUUCUUAGACCGAUUCUACACGAGCCGAAUAUCCAUCCGUAUGCUUAUCAACCAGCACACUCUAAUCUUUGAUGGUGCCACAAAUCCUGUUCACCCCAACACCAUUGGAAGUAUUGAUCCUCACUGUGAAGUAGCAGAUGUUGUCAAAGAUGCCUAUGAGAGUGCCAAGAUGCUGUGUGACCAGUACUACCUCAGCUCUCCUGACCUGGUGCUGCGACAACACAACAUUAACAACAUGAACCUGCCUAUUAGCAUAGUGUAUGUGCCUUCCCAUCUCUACCAUAUGCUGUUUGAAUUAUUCAAGAACGCUAUGAGGGCAACUAUUGAAAACCAUAAUGAAGGCACCAAUCUUCCACCUAUUGAAGUUAUGGUGGCUAUUGGUGGAGAGGACCUUUCUAUCAAGAUGAGUGACAGGGGUGGUGGCGUCCCUUUCAGGAAGAUGGAGAAUCUGUUCAGCUACAUGUAUUCAACAGCUCCGACUCCUCAGAUUGGCCAGCAUAGAACUCCUCUGGCUGGCUUUGGUUACGGGCUGCCAAUCACGCGCCUCUAUGCAAGGUAUUUCCAGGGAGACCUCCAGCUCUACUCUAUGGAGGGCUACGGUACUGACGCUGUUAUUCACCUGAAGGCUUUAUCCACUGACUCCGUAGAAAGGCUUCCAGUGUAUAACAAGACGGCUCUACGGAACUACAAAGUGAGCCAGGGAGCAGAUGAUUGGUGUGUGCCAAGCAGAGAGCCGCUGGACCUGGCAGGAUUCCGGCUGGCUAAAUGAAGACCUUCCGCUUGUCUGGAGUCUCCUGGCUCAAAAUAAAGACAGUCCUGGCAUUAGGGAUCUCACAUGGGGACCAGAGAGAGCAAUACAGUGUCUGCUAGAAGCCCAGACACUCAACAUGAAGCCUUAUCACUAGUUAAUGCAUGCAGUGGAUACAUCGGCACCAUAAUCAACCCAUGAAUUUUUGUGGUUUGCGAAAAUCUUUUCUUCCACAAUGUUACCUGUAGACCAUGUGUGCAUGAGUGAGAGUGUCAGAAAAUGGUUAUUUGAAGAUUACAGCUCUCUCCUAUGAAAGGUGGAGUAUUACAGUGUGGGAGAGCCUGAGCUGCUAACUUGGUUAGUGCGUAGGUGGAGGGCAGCAUGAUCUUCCAGGGCAGAUGGUGGAAUCAGUGUGUAGUAUAAGGCCUGAGCAGAGCAACUUCAUGAGAGCAGUGAUAGAAAGGGCCAAAAAGAGUUGUUCUUGAAAGUCUAAUAUGAAUAAUACAGCGAUUUGUAUAAGAGUACAUGAGAAGAUCUCAGUGUUGUUAUAAUGUCAUCAGUGGUUAAUGCAGUCAUUACAGGGAGUAUUUUCUAGAACAUCCAUCUUCCAAGUCAGAGAUGAUGAUGACAUAGUGGAUUAUUCCAUAGUGAUUAGAAGGACCGUUCUUAGAGACCAGUAAUGAAAACCUCUGGGUUUAUGAAACACCUCAGUGAUGCGCCAUGAUUGUAUUAUGAAGUCAGACAAAAUAACACUGAUGCAAUAGUGUUUAAAUAGAAAGCUAAUAAAAGGACAUUAGAGUGUAGUGCAGCGGUUGGUUCCAUACAUUUUAACAUUUUUGUUUUGAGCUUUUAAAUGCUUUUAAAACAUUUUAGUUUUGAGCUUUUUUUUUUUUCCCUUUGCUUUUGAGUUCAUUCAUAUAUAUUCUCAAUUGUGUUAUACUGCUAUGUUGUAUUCUUAAUUGUUGUAUGUAAGGCCAGUCAAGAAGAAGAUAUUCUUCUAAAUUUGAAUCUAAUUUUCUGUGCCUCUACUUUUGGAAAUGUAUUUACUGUAUUAAACAAAGCAGCUGUUCUGAACUUGAACCAUGCAGAACCAUGCAGCUCGUAAGUAUUCUUUGUUAUGUAUAUCAUGUCUGCUAAGAUUUUAUAUGAACCUUUUAACUUCAUGUCUGAAUGAGUUAUAUUUUGUGAUAAUCUAUUUUCCAUUGUAUCUAUAAUGAAUGUAAAUGUAAUGGAAAUAAACAUGACAUUUCAUUGCA